AUGUCUUCAACUAAUCAUCCUUAUCGUCAGAGAGUUGUAUCCCCAAAUACGGCGCCCUAUCCAAUAAAUGAUAAUGAAUAUAAUAGUAGUAACUCAUCUACUACUUUACCUGGUGUAACAGGUUCAAAUCCUUCCUUAGUUAAAGGUAAUGAAUCUUCAGCUUCUUUAAGUAAAGCUCGUGCUCCUGCUCCUGAUUCUGCAUCAACCAUUUAUCAUACCCCAAUCGGAAGUCAACAAAAUUCUCCACUUAAUAACGCACAACAUCAAAAUCAAAAUCAAAUUCAACAUCAAGUUCAACUUCAACAUCAACAGCAUCAAUAUAGUCAUCAAACUCCUCCUCAUAAUCAACAGUCAAAUCAUGGUAAUCAAAAUUUCAUACUUCAAGCUCCUCCUUUAAAUAGUUUAUCUAUCUUAAAGUCUCCUACUUUAACUUCUACUGGUCAACCACCAUAUCCAGUGUAUGAAGCCCAAACUCCUCCACCUGUUUUUGCAUCAGCUAAGGAAAGUGCUCCAAUCACUUCUCCACCAUCAAAUCCACUUUCUGCUACAUCAUCAGUAACAAAUUUUAAUUUAAGUCAUGGUAGUGUUCCAAAUAUUGAUCAGAGUUAUCCAUAUUCAAAAUCAGAAAACAAUUUAGUUCUUCCCCCAUCUAAAUAUAGUCAUGUUAGAUCAAUUUCUUCAAGUUCAUCAUUCUUUUAUGAUAAAAAUGAUAAUGCAAGUAUGGUUGAUUUUAGUCAAAAUAUAAUCCAACAAUAUUUAGGUUCAAAUUCAACUCAUUUAUUACCAAGAAUUAAAACUAUUGAAUUAUAUAGAAAAAAUGCUAAAAAAUCAAAUGAUCCAACAGUGUUAUUUCAAUAUGCUCAAUAUAUGCUUCAAACUGCUUUAUUAUUGGAUUCAGAGCAAUUAAGCUCCAAUAAUUCCAAUGUUACUGGUAGUAAUAGCGAUACUUCCAAUAGUCCAUCAUUGAAUGAUCCCUCAUAUUCUUCUGAUAAUUCUCCUAAAGGAAAAGAUAAAUCUGGAUCAUUGUUAGCAUUACCAAAAUCGCAUAAGAAAUCAAGAUCUGCUAAUUCUAUUGAUACGAAUAAUAAUAUUGACUUAUCAGAUCAUAGAAAAAUUGAUGAAAAGAAAUUAAAGGGAUCUUUAUUAAAGGAAGCUGUUUUUUAUUUAAAAAAAUUAUCUGAUAAAGGUUAUGUUGAAGCUCAAUAUCUUUUAGCAGAUGCCUAUAGUUCAGGUGCAUUAGGUAGAAUUGAAAAUAGAGAAGCAUUUGUUUUAUUUCAAUCUGCUGCCAAACAUGGACAUAUUGAGAGUGCUUAUAGAACUUCAUAUUGUUAUGAAGAAGGUUUAGGAACUGGUAGAGAUGCUAGAAAGGCUAUAGAUUAUCUUAAAAUGGCUGCGUCUAAAAACCAUCCAGCUGCUAUGUAUAAAUUAGGAAUUUAUUCAUUUUAUGGUAGAAUGGGUGUUCCUCAAGAUACCGGUACUAAAAAGAUGGGUAUUAAAUGGUUAGAACGAGCCUCAAAUGUUGCCAAUGAAUUAACCGCUGCUGCACCAUUUGAAUUAGGUAAAAUUUAUUUUAAUGGGUUUCAAGAUAUUAUUAUUCCUGAUAAGAAAUAUGCAUUAGAAUUAUAUUCUCAAGCCGCAGCUUUGGGACAUAUUGAAGCCUCUGCUAUUUUGGGUCAAUGUUAUGAACAUGGAGAAAUUGUUAAUCAAGAUAAUAAUUUAUCAAUUCAUUAUUAUACUCAAGCUGCUUUAGGCGGUGACCCAGAAUCUAUGUUGGCAAUGUGUGCAUGGUAUCUUGUUGGAAGUGAACAUUUAUUAAAAGAUGAAAAUGAAGCAUUUGAAUGGGCUAAGCGUGCUGCAUUAUGUAAUUUACCUAAGGCACAAUUUGCAUUAGCUAAUUUUUAUGAUAAAGGUAUUGGUUGUAUUAAAAAUAGUAGUGAAGCUCAACUAUGGUAUAAAAAGGCUGCUGAAAAUGGGGAAGAAAAAUCAAUUGCAAGACUUACCGAUAAAGAUGCUGCAAAUAAGAUUCAAAAGAAAUUAUUAAAGAAGAAAUCAAGCGGAAAUCUUCUUAAUAAUACUGGUAAGAAUCCAAAUCACACACCAAAUGCAGCACAAGAUAAAGAUUGUAAAGUUAUGUAA